CACUGACGUUUGAGCCGCGGAGGAAAAGCAGACGCAGAGCCCAGAGGUAGGUUAAGCGCUGAAUGGGGAGGACGAGGCCAUCGAGAAUCACCGAGGAGCGGAGCUGAGCUAGGUGAUCCGAACGGUGGGGACCAUGACGAAGCUAGCGCAGUGGCUGUGGGGUCUGGCGCUCCUGGGCUCCACCUGGGCGGCCCUGACCAUGGGCCCCACCCUGGGCCUGGAGCUGCCCCUGACCUGCCGGGAGGUCUUGUGGCCACUGCCCGCCUAUCUGCUCGUGACCGUCGGCUGCUUUGCCCUGGGUACCGUGGGCUAUCGCGUGGCCACUUUUCAUGACUGCGAGGACGCCGCCCUGGAGCUGCAGACUCAGAUCCAGGAGGCCCGCGCCGACCUGGUCCGCAAGGGUCUGCUCUUCUAACGUGCCCCACCCCCACCCCGGCAGCUCCCCCUUCCAGCCCCCAUUGCAUUUUGUACGUGGUUGGGUUUCAGUGUGGAGAACGGUGAUUAGGGAUAUGUGUCAGCAGUGGAGACGCGCGCGGUUCCAGCUGCCUCUUGCUGGCAUCCCUGUUCUGGACCGGAGGCCCAGAUCUCCUCUCCAGAUCUCUCAGAAUGGAGAUGUCAUUCCAUCUUCCUGGCCCUCUUGACCCUGUCAGAAAACACUUCCUGAUGCCUCAACUGUAUUAUCCGUAAUAAAAGCCAAUCUCCAUUC